AUGCAAACUUGCUCUCCACAGGAUACAUUCCUUCCACAUGUUGAAAAUGGUACAAUAACCUUAAUAGGAGCAACAACAGAGAACCCGUCAUUUCAGCUCAACAAUGCCCUGCUCAGUCGCUGUCGAGUCAUAGUCCUUGAAAAGCUUUCAACUGAACAUGUGGAGCAAAUCCUAAAACAUGCUCUUGAUAGCCUGGGAGUGUUCACUACCAAGAGGGAUUCCUUGGACACCAACCGCGUACAUGUCUUAUCUGAGUACAGGUGAGGAGUUUGAAACAUCUGAAAGCUUUGGUAUUGAGUUUUUCUAAAAUUGGUAAAGCCUGGUUCUCAUAUGCUGCCAACCUACCUGCGACAUGGCCACUGGAACUUCCUGGGAUGCGGUUCUGAUAUGAGAACAGAAGUGGCCCACAAUAUUGGUUAUCUCAGUCUUAAUCACUGCCAUUCCUGCAAAUUUGACUUGGGUUCAACUUCGUAGGCAUGCCAGCGGUAAAGCCCUGUGAUGGCUCUUGUUUACGGCAGCACAGGUUCUCAUUCAUCCAAAUAGUAUCCCAGGCAGUACCAUUGAAUGGAGUAAGGACAGACAAUUUAAUCAGACUCUUGUAUUGUUACCCACUGAGAAUAGCUCCACUAAAUUAUUGUGGGCAACAUAACUGUAAAUAAUUUUCAAAUUGAAUAAACUGUUGUUGAAAUUUACAAUGUGAAAUUGCUAAUUUGUUGUGUGAUUCUUUUGUUAGUGACUAUCAUGUAGUAGUAGAAGAAGAAGCUAUUAAAACCUUAGCAAACCUCUGUGAUGGUGAUGCCAGGAUUGCAUUAAAUGGCCUCCAGCUUGCAGUGCAGUCACAAGUGUCUGCUGUAAAACAUAAGGCACAGAACAAUACUAAUUCAUCCAACAGUAUGUCGUUACCACUCCAUCAAAAUGGAGAAUGCUUCAAAAAUGGAACUCUACCAUCAUAUGGUGCUAAUGAUACUCAUGAUUCCAGUGAAAAGGAAACUGUUUUUGUCAAUGUUUCUCACAUCAAAGAGGGACUCCAAAGAACUCAUCUGCUUUAUGACAGAAAUGGUGAAGAACAUUACAAUAUUAUUUCUGCAAUGCACAAGUCAAUAAGAGGGGGUGAUGAAAAUGCUGCAUUGUAUUGGCUGGCAAGAAUGCUUGUUGGAGGUGAAGAUCCAUUAUAUGUUGCUCGAAGACUGGUGAGAUGUGCAAGUGAAGAUAUUGGCAAGUGUUUUCUUGUUUCAUUGAUAAUAGAACUAGAGGAUUAUGUUUCUUAUAAGGAGUAUCGACUGAUGUAUCAAUCGACAUCUCAGUUGACUGUUGGUCAACAUAUCGGUUGCUAUAUUUGGCGAGUCUCAGUCGAGAUUGAAGGAGACUCGAAUGGUAGUCAGCUGCUACAGUCUAUUGGUCAAUAGUUGGUUGUUACUUUGUUGAUCGAUCACUGACAUAUCACUGACACUUGGUCAAUGUAACGGCUGAUACCCCAGUCGACUGUUGUUCAACAUGUCAGUCGACAUAUCAACCGUCUCUCCACUGACUCUCGUCUAACACUACACCGACACUCGACUGAUAUGUUGACUGGCAGACAACCAAGAUGUCGGCAGAUACAUGAAAAUAACCCACGAUUUGGUAACUGAUCAAUCUGGUACAGGGGCUGCGGAUUGUAGACUGAUACACCACUGAUACCUUACUGAUACUUGACCGAUGGUUCACUGAUACUCUACUAAUGCUAUCGCGACCAGCUGUUGGUUGAUCUGUUGGCAGACACUCAACUUAUACUCGACGGAUAGUAUUAUGCCACUCAGCCAAUAUAUCCACAGACAAUUAGUGGCCGUUAUUUGGUGACCAACAGUUAAACAAGAUGUCAGUCAGCGCCCUCUAUAAGACACAUGAUACAAUUUUGAUUCCCUCAUUAAAAGUACACUAGUUUUAAUACAGAGGAUUACAAAAGUUGUUUGCCAAUUGGCAUUUGGUGAGCCAUUGACCUUUCGUUGCACCCUAACAGUUCCCUAGCAUCUAAAAUCUAAUAUGCAGCUACAAAAAUAAUGUGAAAGACUUAAAUAUUCCAUUCAACAGUUUCAUUCUAUGCCAGCUUUAGGAAGCAGCUGAAUUUUUUAAUUAAAUUUGCACAAAAAGCACCUAGUCAUUGACAAGUUCUUUAAACUGUUUUAUGUCUCCUCGUAAAAUAUUCUUCUUUGUACACUAAAUGUACACUAAUGAUAGUCCGUUAUCCUUCACAAAACUAACGGAUAGCUAACGGUUUUUCUAAUGUUCUAACAUUUUGCCCAAAUGCUGUAAUGGUUUCUCCAAACCCUCUAACGAUUAGUCUAAACGCUUUAAUGAUUUCAACACUCUAAUGGAUUACUCUUAUGAUCUAACAGUUGGUCCGUCUAAUGUUUAACUUUUACUUGAAAGAGGAUUGUGAAAAUCAGUAGUGAUGAAUGCGGCAGAAGUCUUAUCGACUUUUGGGCAAAUCGAUCACAGUUCUCAACAGGUCAUUCUGUGUUUCUUUGGGAAUGACUGUUAGUGCAUUGAUUAACAGCAGCUGUCAAGUGCUUGAUAUUCUUAGUUUGGCUUUAUUUCAAGAAAAGUACUAUUUUUUCAAGGAAAAUAUAGUCUUAGAUAGAAGGUGAUUACUGAGCAGUAAUGCUGCUGUUGUUUUUGUGUUUGGUUUUGCUGCUAAAGAUUAUGCUAAUUAAUGACUAACCUCUCUUAAGCGGCCAACCUCCAUUAAGCGACCACUUGCCAGUACCCAGAGGGUGGCCUCUUAAUGAAGGUUCAACUGUAGUUGUUUUGUUUUGUGCAGGUUUGGCUGAUCCACAGGCCUUGAACCAGACUGUGGCUGCUUACCAGGCUUGUCAUUUUAUUGGAAUGCCAGAGUGUGAUGUAAGUACUUCACAAAGUUUUUCCUUGGUUGCUACGGUCUUCUAUUAACUGUAUUUAUUUAUUCAUCUAUUUAUUUAUUUUAACCAAAAGGAAGGAAUAUGACAUUUGCAGUUGGAAUACAAUACGAUUUUAUAUCCUGCAGAUGAAUUUACAAUGAAAAAAAAGGAAAAAAAGGGAACGUUUUACACAAAUGAGAUAUAAGAGGAAUGGCAUAGAGGCCCCCAGAAACUGCCAGGCUCAUGGUCAAGAGGUCUCCUCACAUGAUGUUAAAUACAUUAUUAAUAUGUGGGGCUAGUAUUGGUUAAUAUAGGUCAAUGUGUCCUGAUGAUGCAGUCUGUGUGGCUCCUAAAGGGGGUUGAAUAUAAUAAGGUGCAUUUUCAAAAUGAUAUUAACAAAACAUAAGAAGAAGUGGUUCCCAAGCAAUCACUUUUGUAAGCAAAGAUAAUGACAGGGUUCGUUUUGCACUUUUGAAACUUUUGUAUUUUUGGAAAAGUCUGGAAAAUAGACUGGUAGUCUGGAGUUUUUUUCAAAGCUACAACAAGUACUUAAUAAGUGAAUUUUUUUUCUCAUUGUCAAAUCCCAUUCAAUCUGACCCCUAGCCAAGACAUUUAAUCGCACAUAACUCUCAUAUAUCCGCAUUGUACCGUGGUUAUCUGACGUUUGAAGUGCAUCUUGAAAAAAGGUUGGUUCCUGCAUUUUUCAAGGUCUCUAUUGACCACCUAUUUGGUAACCUUGAGUGUGAAAAAAUAUACUAUUGUUUUGGAAAAAGUCUUGAAUUUCAGAUCUAAAAAUCUGUACGAACCCUAUAAUAGGUAGGGCAACCUGAAACAUUGAAAGGCUGGGAUUUGGAGAAAGAAGUUUCCUGUAUUUAUAAAUAUUUUCUGUUCUCUUCACAGGUGAUUCUUGCCCAAGCUGUUCUGUACCUCGCCAGAGCUUGCAAGUCUAUUGAAGUAUACAAUGCGUAUAGUGAAGCUAAAAAGCUUGUGAAUGGCUGGGAAGGCCCUCAACCAUCAGUUCCAUUACAUAUUAGAAAUGCACCAACCAAACUCAUGAAAGGUCUAGGUUAUGGUGCUGGCUACAAGUACAAUCCUGCAUUUGAUGGACCCGUUGAUCAAACAUACCUACCUCCGGAAGUGCAAGGGGUUGAUUUCUUUACUUGGAGUAAAAAAGAAAAAAAAUAGAAAGUAGAACUAUAGGUUUUCCAUCAUCUCUCUUGGANUCAUGAAAGGUCUAGGUUAUGGUGCUGGCUACAAGUACAAUCCUGCAUUUGAUGGACCCGUUGAUCAAACAUACCUACCUCCGGAAGUGCAAGGGGUUGAUUUCUUUACUUGGAGUAAAAAAGAAAAAAAAUAGAAAGUAGAACUAUAGGUUUUCCAUCAUCUCUCUUGGAUGAUAGACCCCUGCCGUAAAUGGACAGGUCAAGUCAGACCUUGUUGAUCUUUGGUCAUUUUUACUUGAUAUUACUCUCUGCAAGGUGGUCACCUCUGUUAAAACACACGCUCAGCGUUGGUUCCAGUGUUUUCUGGAAAGAGUUGUCUGGAGAGUAUAGCUAUGGUAUGGUAGUUAUCAUCCUCAGUGAUCCAGGCAGUGCCGGAUCCAGACCUUGAGAUAAGGGGGGGAGGUGGCAGUCUCCAAACAAAAGUUGUUCUGCCCUUUGGGUCUCAGUUUGGUCUAAAAAUAAUGGGGGGGGGGGCGUCCCUUGGAUCCACCACUGCCAGGGGUAGUCUGAUUGCCCCUGGGUCUCCGACGGUGGGGUAGCUACUGGUAGGGCCUUGAAAUAGGAAAAUUUUAUUUUGUAGUGUUGCAUUUUUGUUAUUGUAUUUUGAGUUUUGAAAUAAUUUGUAAAAAUUUUUCCAGCCAAUUUUUCCACCUUAUUUUAGCAUUCCACCUGGGCUGAAAUUCACCAUGUAGGUGGAAAUAAAAUAACAGCUGGGGCUGAGAUUUGCUUUGAAAACCGACGCCUGAGGGGCUUAGCUGGUCCAUUUUGCCAACUUUUAUAUGCCAUUCCAGCUAACCCGAGUGGCUGGGUUGCCAUAUAAUCACAAAGUUAGUUUUUGUUGCAUGUAUUAAUAGUACUGCGGUCAGCCUGGUCCAUGUGAGGGUACGGGUGCCUAUUGCUCACACACAAUGUAUUGUUAACUCUCUUCGGGUAAAUGGGGAUCAUUGUCACAAAAUUGCCUUUCAACUUCAGUUAUUGCAAACACCAUCGAGACCAGAAAUUAGUUUCCUUUCAACUGAAAAAGCAUUCGUGCAUGAAGUAUUGAGACAGAUUAUACAACCUAAUUCAGGGGCACCCAAAGACGGUUUCCUCCUAAAUACAUUAAAAACACUUUAAAGGCUAUCCAGAGUACUUUUGGAGCUCUAGAAAUGCAUUCUAAGUGGCGCUAUAAAAUCUGUAUCUGUUCGGUCAUCCUAGGGUAACUUGAGUGUUUUCGAAAUUACAAGGGCUUUAGUUGUAGUUUUCAUUUUUUUUUUUUAAAUUUUAGAAAAAUUGCAUCUGAUUUCUCUCCCCGAAAAUUGAAUUGAAUCCGAAAAUUUCAGGUUUCCUUUUUUCCUACGAAAAAUAGCCUAACUAGGGGAGUGAAAUGUGAAAAAAUAAACUAAAGAAAAUCGUAGGGCGUUUAUUAGAUAAGCUUCGAAAUUGUACAUGAAUGGAACGGUUAUUUAGAAAUUUUUAGCCGUCCUCAAGUAAUAAAAAAUUCUAGGCAAUAUCUCCUUCUCCGAACAGAUAUUUUGCAAAAAACACGGUCAUUGGGUGCCCCUGCUAAUUGAUGGUACCGGAACUUGAAACCUGGUAGCCUAAGUAUCAGGCGUUUCUGGGAAAAUCUUUCUCCUCAGGCUAGCCCCCAAGGAAGGCCUAGUAACGUGGUUGUAAGAUGUACACAAGAAGGAAUAUAAGCCAGCUAAAAAAUUCAAAAUAGAUUAUGAAAUAUGAAGAAUUAAAUCUUGAUACCAAAUGAGCGUCCAAAGUUCCCCUUAUUUGAAGAACAGAAAAAUUCUAACGCUUUCUCAAGGUAGUGUUGUCAAUGACGUCAUCUUUGGCAAAUGACGUCAUGGUAACCUACACCUCUAGCGUGCGAUUCUAAAAAAAGCAACUUGCUUGCAAUCAGCCACUAACGUUUAUUUACCCACGUAGCGUCUACUGAGCUAAAAAGCUCGUUCAAAAUGAGUACGUGCACACUUAAAAUAGCCUUAAAAUAUAGAGAAUUAAAAAUAUAUUUAUGUAUAAAACAAGUAGAUUUUUCAUAAAAAAAAAACAACUAAAAUGUACAUCUGGAAAUGUCACUAUAUAAGGAUUAAAAGGACUAAAAAAUACCGUGAAUAAGAAUGGAAUAGAUAAAAGCUGAUUCUAAUAUACAAGAUUAAAAAUGGAAUUAAAGUGAUUCUUAAUUGACUUUGCAAACUUGGAUAGGUUUCCUUUCCUUACAUCGGGUUCAAGUGAGUUCCAGAUUUUAGUGGCUUGGGAAGUGAAAGAGUUCUUCACCCAGUAGACAUUUAACAAUUAUUCCUCGAGCCAGAAUGGGCUCUGAGUCAAUUGCAUGGGCUACUGACUCAGAGGCCACGAGGGCGAGAGGAAUAAUUGUUUUAGUAAAAUCCAACUAGUUGGUCAAAAAUAACAGGACAAAACAACUUUAGCUAGUUAAAGCUAGACUUAAAUCCUUUCUUGCUGCAAAAAAGCCGGCGCUUUUCGCUACUAGUGGGCUAUAACAUAUAACCUAGUAGUAGCUCAACCAAUCAGAACGCAGCAUUGUUAAUAGACCACUAGUUGGAUUUUACUAAUGUAGGAUACAUUGGCCUCGAACAAGGCACAAAAAAGUCUGAACAGUUUAAAUAUGAAACAUAAUUGAGAAGAAAAUGUUGUUUGGUUUCACUUUUUUACCCAGGCUUUCUGUUAAAAAUUUCCCUUUGUGACGUCUGACGAGUUUUUUUAUGUUUGGCUCUUUUACGGCUCUGGUAAAACGCAUAACUGGUGUUAUGGACGGUCUACCGAAGCGGAAGGCAAGCUCUCUAUUUCACGACCAUUUGUGGAGUAUCCUGAGAAGCUAGCUCGAUUGGCAUGUGGAUGGCGUCUUUCCCGCUCGCUCGCAGACUGUCUCGCUCUCGGGUUUUCUAAACAAGGAUUAAAGUGCCCUUGUGCUGACUGCAAGUAUCGCAGCUCCAGAAGAGUCUGCGCGCGCAAAAGAAAUUUGACAACUGUUUAUGACAUCACUAAAAUUUAUCUUGACAGAAGAAAAGAGGCGUUGGCGAGAUAUUUGUGACUGAUUUUUUAUGCAAUCAAAGCAUUCUCCUUUCAGUCUUUUCUAAAGCAUUUUCUUGUUGGCAAUUACAGUCAAACCAGGUCAAGCGUUCCCGUCACUAGCAAACUUAUGAAUUCAUUAAUGAAAAAAUGAUUUCGUUUGUUGAUUCAAUAAUCCAUCCAUAAAAUGAAUAAUCCAACUGUCAAAUUGGACCUCGAUUCAAUAAUUAAAUGUUGAUUUGGUUUAUGAACAAAAUCUACCUGUUCUUUAUUCUUGUCUAUUGAGCUCAAUCGUAUUUGCUUCCCUUUUCCUGCCGUUUACGAUUGCGUUUGUAAUUGCCUUUAAUCCAAAUAACAGCUAGAAGAGACAGACCGCAAACGCAAAGAAACUGACAAAGGCCGGGGAUCGAAAUCCACCAAUCACCUCACAUACACUGACCUUAGUUUCACUAUCGUGUUUCCUAAGAGGUCAGGUCCGUUGCAGUGAUUACUGGAAACAAAAUGACGUACAUGUAACAGUUUGUUUGAGUUUGAAAUUCAGAACUCGCCCGAACUCGAUUCUUAGAAAAAAGGAGAAAAAAAAGUGUAGUUUUUCAAAAAACAGUUAUCGAAUCAACAUUCGAUUAUGGAAUCGAGGCUAAAUAUGAAUAUUGGAUUGUUCAUUUUAUGAAUGGAUUAUUGAAUCGAUAAACGAAAUCAUUUUUCCGUUCAUGAAUUUAUUAGUUCGUUAGCGACGGGAACGCUUCACCUGGUUUGACUGUAAGAUCUUAUUAUGCUUUCUCCUCAAGAGAAACUUUUUUGUUUUUGUUGGCUAAAAAUUGUACAAUUUUUUUUGUGCAGAUUCCGACGACUUUUUGAUGGAGGCGCAAAUGUAUUAUAUGUACAGUUAUGAGAAGCUGUUGGCAACUUUAAACCAACAAAAUGCUAUCAUACAUUCAUAGCCCCCAAAAAACAAGCUACAAUGAUUUAUAACCCGCGUUUAGAGCGACAGUGGCUGGAAGAGGAUAACAAAAUACGACAAGAGGAACUAUGAGAAAAAUCUCAAUGAAGAAUCUCACCGAUCUAGAAUGGUCGGCAAAGUUAAAAGAACACAAUUAAAAAAAAAAGUUACAAAGGCUGAAGGUAUUGGAAGAAGACAUCAAACGAAGGCACAGAAAUGUUGUUCGCGAGUUGAACGGGCACAAAGAAAAACAUCCUAAAAUAAAAGCCCACUGCACCUCACUGACGGGGAAGCUUGAAGAGAAGACCCCCGGGAGAAGACCCAGGAGCUGGUACAGAAAGAACAGGAACUAGAUCAAACCAAACAGGAGCUCGAUUUGGGCACAGCCUUGGCAGGAGUAUGUAUCAAUAUCUGUCAUAUUAUUACCGGGGAUACUAUGAUCUGCUGAGUCAUUUCCAGUGAUCUGGCAGGCCAUCAUCUGGAGGAGCGACUAUCAUAAAGAUUGAUAAAAGAUUGAUAGUAACGAGAUGACACCAAUUCACGACGUCUUCGGAAAGAGUCAUGGACACCAACAAAAUACCUUCCGCUAAAAAGGAAACGGAUUCCCGAAGAAAACUCUGAUAGCGCGGAGUGUUUAUUUCAGACGCUUCUGUCCCCGAGUCAGUGAGAAUUUAUAACAUCAUCUCUCCCAUGACAGCUUACCUAAGGCCUUCCUCCCGAGGACAGCCGAACAACUCCAUUGAGUUCCUGUUCAUUACUAAUGCCAACAUUUGCCCCGUGGUUCAAGUUUCCCAUAGUGAUGUGCAAGCCGGACCUGGCGACCACCCACCAUUUCCCGCCAUUUGUAGCCCCGAGUGGGUUACUAAAAAAAACAAAAUAAAAGGAGCUGGCCAAGCAACUCUGACAACACAGAUUGAGCGUUUAACCACUGUUUAAGUCACCGAAUCAGUCAGAGUUAACAUCGCCUCCCUCGACAAGAUGUUUGAAUCUCAGGUGAUGAAGUAAGGAGGAAUACGAGAGACAAAGUAAAGAACCAAAAUGGGAAGAUUGAGUGCCUUCUCUCCUUAGUGAACAACUGUCAACCUGUAGUCUGCGAGGGUAAAAAGGAAGUUUUAACUAUUUAAAAGAAGACAGGCCAACCGGAGUUAAAACACCUAAGGACCUGGUGAGUUUAUUCAGAAAUUACAGAUACUCUUCUGAGUUUUAUUUGAGGUUUCCAUAGAUCCCUCAUUCUGCAUACGGAUAGCCUUUUUAUAAAGACUUCGUGACCGAAAAAGGGCAUGUUCUAGCCCUUAGCCCCUAAAAUGCUGCCUUAUCGGACUGAAAAAGGGUUUAAUCAGCGUGGCAAAUUUAACAGGCUGCGACUACAGUUGCAGAAAACCAGCUCUCUUAUCAUCGUUUUUUUUUAAAGAUGACGUUUUAAAUAAUGUUAUAUAUUUUUUCUUUGCAGAAAAGCAAACUUAACAGGUUUAUCCCGUCUUGAUUUAUCUCAUUCCUGGCUGCGACGCCAUUCCUGCUGCAGACUCAAAACCUGAGGAAUAAAACACCCAUCUGUUUUAUUUCAUCUUUUUGUUCCGGUCUAAAAGGACAAAAAAGCAAAAAAAUAAUAGAUAAAACAACUAAAAAAAAAUACAAAAAACAGAAAUUAAAAACUAGAACGAAAAAACAACAAAACAAAACAAAAUUUGAAGAAAAAUGAAAUUUUAAUAAGCUUUCUCUUUAUUUGGCUUUAUCUGUUGCCAAAUGUAGGUUUAUUUGGCAGUUCGGCCGUAUUUAAAUAAACUUUUGCCAGAACGGGCUCUAAAGUGCUGUUGCGCCCAGGAUGGACAACAAGCAGUGAAGUGACCUGCAAGGAUCCAGAUCCUGUGAUGGACAGAUAACUGAUCAUACCAGAAGGACGAGAGAUUUUGGUAAGGCCGCAAAUUUCUCCAACGGUUCGUUGUCAUAAGAGUGGAUUUGUAAAUAAUCUGCUUAGAAGUCGAUCGGAGAGAGGGAGAAAUUAAAUAGGGUGCAAAUCUUAAUUAGGGUCUUUUAUCAGGCACGCGAUAAGAGUGAGCAAUUAUAGGGUUUCCACAAUUUCUCACGGUGGGUGGAAAAAUCCAGUCGUUCGAAGGCCGAUAAGCGCUUAACCUAGCUAUAGGGUUAAAUUUAACCCCGAUUUCUUUUUCUUUUGUUCAAAAGCAUUUUCUUGGAUAAUUUUCUCUGUUAUUUUUAAGAGCAUCCAAUCAUCAACUUGCUGACAGAAAGAAUUAAACUGAAUUUACUUUUUAAGCUUUCAUAUCUGAAUUCAAAUUUCGCACUAUCCACGGGUUAUCUAACCCAGCUUUGAACAACCCGGCCCUUCGGCCCUGCUGGGCGUUAAAAUACCGUAAAAUUCAGAAAAUAAGCCCCGGGGCUUAUAUUUUUCAAAGGCCGUUUUUUGGAGGGGCUUAUAUUCGGAGGGGCUUAUGUACGGAGGGAAAUUUACGUUAUAAAAAUCGAUUGGACUAACCUUAUUCUUGGUAGGAAAUUUACCGUUUUUCUUUGUUUUACUUUGUAUUUGAGAGCAAUUUCCUAGUACAAGGCCCCGGGGGUUAUAUCUGGAGGGGCGAUUUAACGGAGGGUUUUUUGCGUUACGAGUUUGGUGGGCUUAUAUUUGAAGGGGCUUAUACAUGGAGGGGCUUAUGGUAGUUCUGCUUGGGAGAGUAGGGACUGGGACUUCAAAGUUUCCAAAAUGGCGGAUUUUUUCAAGAGGGUCAUUUCAUCGCGAAGCUCUAACACUAAUUGAAAACAUCCGUUGAAAACUUCUUUCGAACUUCUCCAAUUUUUUGCAGAAUCCACGAGCUAUAAGUUGCAUAAAAGUUUUGCGAGAUGGUGAGUUUUUCUUCGUUGACAAACCUGUUGCUGCAGCAAAAUCUGCGAGUGCGGGAUAGUGGAAAAUUAAGCUUAAUUGAGUGUUAGAAAAAGACGACGCAUAUAAGCAAAUAUAUGCAAAUAAGCAUGAGCUACUUUUCCGCAAUUCCCUGCCUUGAGUUCCGGGCUUGAGUGGAGGAAAUUUCCCAGCAUGAACUGUUUGCAAAGAAAAGCUAGCGCUGACUGUGUAAUGCAGGCAAGCAGCAUUCUCAGCAUUCAGCUGAGAAUCCAGGCUGUCGUUACUUUUGGGGAAUCUUAAAAGUAACGAAAGCUAGAAUUCAUGCAUUUUAUGAAUCAUAGUAGACUGCUAGUGGGAUUGAUUGAUUUUUUCACAUCAGUNAAUUCCCUGCCUUGAGUUCCGGGCUUGAGUGGAGGAAAUUUCCCAGCAUGAACUGUUUGCAAAGAAAAGCUAGCGCUGACUGUGUAAUGCAGGCAAGCAGCAUUCUCAGCAUUCAGCUGAGAAUCCAGGCUGUCGUUACUUUUGGGGAAUCUUAAAAGUAACGAAAGCUAGAAUUCAUGCAUUUUAUGAAUCAUAGUAGACUGCUAGUGGGAUUGAUUGAUUUUUUCACAUCAGUAAUGUUUAAUGGGUAGAUGUGGGGGUCUUCAAGGAGGUAGAAUUCACAUGGAAAAAUUCUUAGUGUGAUGCUGCUUCCUCAGGCAUUACCUCUCACAGAUAAGUUUGCUUCUGACUGCUAUGUGUGUUAAUCAAAGAGCUUUUUGGUAUUUUCCUGAAAUCCAUCUUUUUUAUACUUGAGCCAUUUACCUAUGACUUGGUUCUUUCCCCACCAAGGGAUUCAAGAGUUGUGUCUGCUCAGCACCUUGGUGAUUUACAGCUCAUUGUACCUGUUGAAUUUGUAUGUGAACUUGCCAUUUGUUUUCCAUUCACCACCAAAAUAAUGCUAAACAUGCUUUCCUAUAUGCAUUUCAGUACAGUCAACUCUCUAGUAAUCGACUACCCAUGGUUCACGACAAAGUGGUCACUUAUAGGAGGUUAUCAUCUAUGGGGAAAAAAAAGAAGAAUACCUCAAAUUUUUGCCCCAAGAAGAGGUUGUGGUCAUUUAAGAAAUUUAAGUAGUGGUUGCCUACAAGAGACUUUUUGAAGCAGUAUUUGUUCAAAGUGGUCGCUUAUGGGAGGUGAUUACUUACGAGAAAUGGUUAUGAGAGAAAUGACUGUAUAAAAGGACAAUGAAACAAAAUGAGAAAGAAAGAAAUGGGAGUGUUUGUGAUAAGAUAUUGGCAGCUGGUCACCUGUUCAGUUCCUAACUCCACCCGUCAGGGCUUAAAUCGAGUGGCAAUAUUCACCUCCAGUUCUGCGUGAUUUUUUAAGACACCAAUUUCCAUUUUAAUUUGCAUGUUCAGGUGUGACUGAAGGUAUGAGUAUUAGGGUUAGUGUUAAAGUUAGAGUCUUCAGUCACACCUGUGCAGCUGCAAUUUUAAUCCUUGAUUAGUGUUGGAGUUUUUUACUCCUGGUUAUACCAUUUUGUCCAUAGCCACUGAAAAUAUCUCACUUAUUUGAUGUUGCAGUCAAAUUCAACAUUUAAACAACGAGUAACAAGAAAGCUGAUAAGUCAUGCCUUGGGUGUGGUUGGUUGUACUGGUCUCAUGUUUACCAGCUAUUUCACUAUCACUGGGGAUGAACAAUUUUACAAAUCUUUCAUCAUGCCUUCGGUUAUGAGAGUUCUUGGUGCUGAACAAGCCCAUACAUUUGCUAUCUGGUUAGCCAGUAAAGGCUUGAUUCCUGUUGAUGUGGAUGGAGACCCUAAAAUACUGGUAAACCUUCAGUAGUUUGUUCAGAAACUCAAUUUUUUCUUGAAGACAACUUUCACAAGAAUAAUAAUUUUACAAUAUUUAGUUUUCAUUUAAAAAGGACUUUGUUUAAAUACAAGGGCUUCUCUUACCAAGAAUUUAAAAUUCUUGAUGCCAAGUGGUGAGAUCUAAACAGAUUAGUAUACUCCUUUGUACCAAAAUAUUAAACAAAAAUGUUCAUCUGAGAUAAUUCAAUUCCAAUUAAAGACUAUUUGUGAUUAUGAUUGUUUUCAUUUUCAUGCUGAUAUUGCAAUGCUGGAUUAUACAAUAUAAUGUCACGAUGACCACUCCACGAAAGCAAAUGUCUCUUCUAUCUCACUUCUUCUUUAUAUUUUCUCUAUAAUAAAGCAAACUGAUAAAUAAUGAUAUCUUUAGUAUGUUUCUAUUUUACUUAAUUUUUGUGCACAUGUUGUGAAAACAUAAUAAAAAGUUAUUAUGAUCUUGUUUUGUCUUGUCUAGCAAACCAAUGUUUUUGGUCUUCAUUUUUGCAAUCCCAUUGGCUUAGCAGCAGGUUUUGACAAACAUGGAGAAGCAGUUGACGGACUAUUAAAAGCUGGAUUUGGUUUUGUUGAAAUAGGAAGUGUAACUCCAUUGCCACAACCUGGGAAUGACAAGCCAAGGGUCUUCAGACUUAUGGAGGACAAAGCUGUGAUUAAUAGGUGAACAAGUGUUUAAACAAAAAUUAAUUUUCAGAAAUUUGUUUUACUUGUCUAGCACUCUAACUGCUAGGACACACUGCCUCUAUUAGCUAGAAAGGGCAUAGAGUUUCAUGAUCUGGCGGCAUUGCUGACUCCCUGUCACACUACACACACAAUCGUAGGGUCAUGUUUUUUUCCUUUCCCCUUUUACAUGGCCUUUUCCCCCCUUUCUUUCCUACCAUCAAGCUUUGAGAGGUUGUCCAAGAUGUGUUUCUCGUAUGGAAACUUGCAAAGAUGACCUUUGCAGAUGACCUGGGAUGUGCUCUAAAGCACUGGAUGGUUACGUGAUAAAACAAAAUUUAAGCUGCUUUAUAAGGAGCAUACACCAUAUCAGAAGGUCAAAACAGUUAGUGUUAAACACCACAGCCCUUAUGAAACUAAAUAAUAGACUAAACGAUAACAAUGUUCAGGGGCACCCAACGCCAAUUUUUGGAAAAUAUUGGAAGACGAUUAAUUUUGAUAUCUAGAAUUUUCGGAACAUUUGUGGUAAAAUUUCUUGCUUGCCUGCCUCUCCUAGGAUUUUUGAACAUCUAAAAAAUGGUAUAAUUGCCCAUUUUUAAUGGAUUUUUUCCCUAAAAAGGUCACCUAGAAUUUUCCACAGCCUUUUUUCUGGCUGAAAUUUUCGAAAAGGUAAGUUUUGAUCCCUAUAAUUUUCGGAUCACAAGACUUUCAGCCAGGAAAUCCGAACAGAUGAAACAUUUUUAGGGGAUAAAAAUAUGCCUAUAUUUACCGUUUAAAUACUAAAAUACGUUCAACAAUGCUAUGUUUAAGUGGUUUUGAACUAUAUUCUCAUUGGGUGCCCCUAAAUGUUAUCUUGUCUAUUUGGUAGGUAUGGUUUCAACAGCCAUGGGCAUCACGCUGUUCAGACAAGACUGGAGCAGCAGUUUCUUGUCCGGGGACAUCCCCCCGGGAUCCUUGGAAUUAACCUUGGUAAAAACAAGACAUCGGACAAUGCUGUGGGAGAUUAUGUCAAAGGAGUCCAAUGUUUCAGUGGUUUGGGGGAUUAUUUGGUGGUUAAUGUUUCAUCACCCAAUACGCCUGGACUGAGGUCAUUGCAGGGAAGAGAGCAACUAGCAAACUUAAUAGAUAAGGUUAGGAGAAAAAAAUGUACUAGUAAAUUAGGAGAUUAAGAUCCCAGGAAGUAUACUGUAGAUCUGAAGUGAUGGGAACAAAAAUUGAAAAUCCAUAGAAGAGACAAGCGGUAAAAAAUCAUUUUGGCCAAAAGUAAGUCCAAAAUAACGGGAAGCAUUAUACUUUACCAGGCUUGUCAGAAAGUUUUGAAGUGGACGGUUUAGUUGUCAAAGUAAGCAGCCCGUCCAGGGAUAUUUUAUUUAAAAAAGGUCAUCCACAAAGAAAUGUCAAGCAGAGUAGCUGGCCAACACUAACCAAGUAGGUGGCAAUUUUCGCUGGCAGUGGGCUACUUUUGAGAACCCUGCUUUACAUUUAUGGAUAUAUUGUUUCAAUAACAAUGGCUGUUGUGAAACUUGAAGUUUCACUUUGAAAAAGAUUCCCUACUUAAAUCCAGCCCUCCCCGCCAAGAAAAAAAACAAACCCUGCUAAAAUUGUCUUGCCUCCAGCAUUAACCCAAGUUGUGAAUUUUACAGUUCUACGCCAGCAUAAGACAUGCAGAUGUUGUGCGUAUUAUGUCCUAGUUGUUGAUAAAAAAUAUUUUGAUGCUGUAAUGGAAAUCAUGCCGUGAUGCUUAUUCUCACUUAAUGUCGCGAGUAUUGCAGUCACAGCAGGUCAAGUAUACCCCUCAAGAUUCUAUUAAUAAUUUAAAAAAUGAAUCCGUUAGUUGUUCCCGUAACUGGUGUCAAAUUCACAUCGGCAUUCCUGCAUGCGUAAUGAGCAGUGAAUAUUUUACGAGAACUUCUCUGUAUUUGGUCAGACUGAAAAUCUUUGAGUGGAUAACAUUACUUCAAAGAUAUUUACAUUAAUACAGGGAAGUUGGUAGAAAUGAGUUGGUAGAAAUUCCAUAACUGCCUCGCGCAUGUGAAUUCACUGCUUAUUAUACAUGCAACAAUGCAGAGAUCAGAACUGAAAUUUACAACUACCAACGGAUUCAACUUUCGAAUAAUAAAGUCAUUAAUGGCAUCUUGGGGGGUACGCUUGACCUGGCUUGACUGUAAAUUUUGUGAAAAAUCAUGAGCCAAUUUUGCGAGUAUUAAAUUUUGUGAUUUUUCGCAAAUCAUGAAAUCUAAUACUCACAAAAUUAAGUGAGAAUAAGGUACAUAUAAAUACUGCAGGUGAAUACUCUAACCAUUGAGCUACUGUGCCUUAUGUUUGGGCCAAACUUGAGAUAUGCCCUGUACUAUGCAAGAGCCAGAAUUUAUCAAAAUCAACUUUCAGUAGUGGUAAUCAUUGAUUUCUUGGUGUCCAAUUUCUUUCAGGUAUUAGAAGCAAGGGAUACUUUGCCUGUCAAUAUGCGCAAUCCCUUGUUGGUGAAGAUAGCUCCAGAUUUGAGUGAAGAUGAUAAAGAAGACAUUGCAGCUGUCGUCAGUAGAAAUAAGGUUUGUCCUUAAUUAUCUCCUUUUUAAUAAGCAUAGCAAUCUUGGCUUAUAAAUUAUGCAUUGCUCAACUUGCUAUGGAAACACUCUUUAGCCAUUGGGUAAUAUAUUCUACUAAACCCAGACAAAUGUAGCUUAUGCAAUCUGCUAUUACUCGGCAGUUUUGACAUGCCCCUCGCUGCUAAACGAUCUACAUGAUAAUCAAAUACUUUGCUUUAUUAUGUCUAUAUGGCUAAUCCACAAACACCAAAGGUGAAGUUCAUCCUCAUGAUGUUCUGAUUGGCUACUGAAUUGAAUCUUGUCCACUCGGGAUUUCCCACAUUUGUCCCAUGAGAAAAAGCCCUCUUUUUAGCCAUCACUCAAGCUUGUUUGGUCAAGAUGGCUGGACUUAUCCUUCUUUUUUUUGCUUUUCUAUUUACCUUGAACUCUUGUUCCAUAAAAAUGCCAAAAAAGAGAGACAUGGACAAUAUCUAACCACCUUGACCAAAUGCAUAUAUAUGGGGCUUUGUUUACAUGUUUGGCUUGUUUACUUUACCAUAGAGUCAUCAAGGUAGGGAAUUCCUUAGAGUUCAGUCUUUGAGUAAAAAAAAUAUUGUUUAACCUUGAUCAAUUCCCUGAACCUUCAGUAACCACCCAUAUACAUGGAACCACAUACCUUGUACUACUUGAAUGUAAUCAGUGACAAAUCGGGUGUGGUUUAAAAAUCUUUUAUACUCAAAUGAACAUGAUUCAGUCAAACAGGCUAGAAAUAAAUGCCUGAGAAAAACAUGUAAACAUGACCCAAGAUUCCAAUAAAAAUCUUGUUGCACUACCACUUGUCUUGUACUUUCUUUCAUCUGAAACUACAAAAAAAUUUACAAAUUUGCUCAGCUUAAGAUACCAUCAUAGAAAAAUGCAUUCUUUGGUGGUUUUGGUACCAACAUGUAAUUAGGGUUUUAUGCGACCUAAUGAAGAUUGACAUUUUGAAGAAGUCAAAAUUUAUUAAAGUUGGAUUGCAUUUGUUCAUCAGGGUGGUGUAGAUGGUAUCAUAGUGACCAACACAACUAUCACCAGACCAGAGACUUUAAAAAGUACAAACAAGAUGGAAACAGGUGGUUUGAGUGGAAAACCUUUGACAGAACUUUCAACAAGCACAGUUAGAGACAUGUAUAAACUUACUAAUGGUAAGAGUUUUAACAUUCAUUGUACAAAACAGCUGCCCCUCAUAAGUGGUUUUAUUUUCUUGUGUCAGUGUGUGAUGAUGAACUUAAUUUAAGUGUCUAGUCUUCUAGCUGGCCUGGCCUGUAUAUGUUAUCUGCGAUAUAAUUAAUAUAAUUAUCAUUGGUGCCUUAAUUUGACGAGACAUUAUGCCCUCAAAGUUGUUUCUUAUGUUUUUCAGCACUAUCUUCUCGCUAUUUAUUUCUGUCCGUAAUGAAUUAGGAGAGCUUGCAACUAUGUCUUUGGAAUUUGAAUCACCUUCCAAUUCACCUGUGGCUCCCCAUCUACUGAGCUGUCAGAUUUCUGCCAAUUAGCGCAAAGCGGAAACAAGCGUGAAUGUAAACAAACAAUGAAAAACAUGUGCCAAGGGUAAUGACAUCAUGAGUAAUGUCAUCUCUGCCAAUCAGCAUUUCACAUCGACUUUUUCAAUGCAGAUAUUCAAAUUUCAGAGAUGUAGUUGCAAGUUCUUCUUCCUUUACCUGCCCCUCCGCCAGAUUGCCCCAGAGAGUUUGCUCGCAGGCUACUUAAAAGUUUAUUUGUUAUUAUUUUGUUCAUCCCCCUUGGUGUAACAAUCAAAUGAAACCUCUUUGGUAGAACUUUUGAAUAGCACUAUUUUAAAUCCUUGGAUUUAGCGAAAGAAAGAUUUGGAAUAUUCUGUGAUUUUUUACUCUGGCAACAGUUACUUUUAGGAAUUGAAGGGUUAAUUAAUCAAGAGUUAAACCCUUGAAGCCUCAAGAUCCACAUACAAAUUCUCCAGACUGAUCUCCAUACAUUUCUUUUAAGAAUGGUUGAGAGAAUUUGCUUUAAAAUCAAAGCAUUCUCCCUUCUGUAAUCAAUUUAGUGAUUCUCAUAACCUUUUACUCUUGAUGAUUUGCUGAUGUUGUUAGGAGAAAAUUGAUGUUGGUGAACUCUUGGGACCUAAAUGGCUAAGGGAUAUGAUUUGUUUCAGGUAAGGUUCCUAUCAUUGGUGUUGGAGGAAUAUCAACAGGUCAGGAUGCUUAUGACAAAAUCAAGGCUGGAGCAUCUUUAGUACAACUCUACACAGCCCUUGCUUAUGAAGGACCUCCCAUUGUAAAGAAAAUCAAGAGGGAACUUGCUGAACUUUUGAAGUGA